AUGAACUGUCUCAGACAGCAGCCUGAUCUCCUGCUGCAGGCCCUCCAGGGUCAGAUAACCACCGUGGACCUUCAGGAUGAGAGCACUUCCCUUGGACGCAUAGACAACGUUGAUGCAUUCAUGAAUAUCCACCUGGCCAGUGUCACCUACAUAGAAUGUUGGGGACAUCGGGUUGAGUUGUUUGACCUCUUUGUGACAGGCUGUAAUGUUCGCUAUGUCCACAUCCCUGAUGCUGUGAACAUUACAGCCACCAUUGAGAAGCAGCUACAGAUCAUCCAUUGGGUAUGGACUUUGGUGGCCGAGGCCACCACAAAUUUUCCUCCAAAAACGCUUAAAUGA